AUGGCAGAGAGGGAAGGAGCAUCCGUGAAGCAAGGCCACGACGAAGGGCUGAAGAUGGCCGUGGCGCUCCUAGAGGAGUUCGAGCUGCCAUGCGGGCUUCUACCAUUGGCCGAUGUGGUGGAGGUCGGGUUCGUGAGGACCACAGGGUACAUGUGGAUUCAGCAGAAGAAGAAGGUCGAGCACAAUUUCAAGGUGAUCAGCAAGCUAGUGAGCUACGACACGAGCGUAACGGGCUAUUUAGGGAAGAAGCGGAUCAAGAAGCUCAAGGGAGUCAAGGCCAAGGAGCUCAUGCUGUGGCCGCCCGUCAGUGAGAUCGUCCUUGUCGAUCCGCCAACGGGGAAGAUCAACUUCAAGAGCCUUGCGGGCAUCACCAAGACCUUCCCUGUCGAGGCCUUUGCUGCAGUCCAGUGA